AUGUCGGGCACAGGCAGUACUCCGCCCUACCUUUCGCUCUCCGUAGGCCAAGCUCACAGCUAUCUCAAGGCACCAGACGCGCCUGAGCCAGCAGAUCAUGGGACCCUUGUAGCGCUCCUGAAGCACAGGGCCCGGCAUCAAGCAAAUCACGUCGCAGUGGGCUUUCCUGACUUUUCCAAAGGAAGCUGUCUCGAAUGGACAUACCGGGAUCUUGAUCGGAUAGCCUCAUCGCUUGCGAUGGUAUUGCGUGCAAAGUUGCAGGACCUUCCACAGUCUCGCGAGUCCAACGGUUACGCUCGAGACCAGCCCGUGAUUGCUCUGCUGGGACCAAGCGGGCCGGACUUUCUGGCUCAGGUAGUGGCAUGCUGGUAUCUAGGAGCGGCCAUUCUUCCGAUCGCCACCGGUACUUCUCCAUCCGGCGUCGCAAAUCUGCUCAACUUGACCGCUUGCACGCACAUUCUCGUCCACGAGAGUCAAGAUGCUUUGGUUUCCGAAUGUCGCGCUUCUCUGGACGCACACCGCGAGCUUCGAAGCGUUGCAUGGUGUGCACUGGAUGCGGCGAGACCCUGCGAGAGCAAAGUCGUAGCAGAGUCUGCGCUUCUACGCGACCCCAAGCGCGACGAUCUGCUGGUCAUCUUUCACUCCUCAGGUUCCAGCGGAAAUCCCAAACCAAUACCUCAAUCACAUCGUUUCUGGACGCCCUCCCUUCUGACAGCCGAUGGGCGGUCGAGAGCCGCCUUCACAACGACGCCGCUGUUUCACGGAGGUCUUUCCGACCUUUUCAGGUCUCUGCAAGCUGCGGCACCCCUCUACUUUUUCGGCUGGCAUAUCGGUGAUGCGCCUACUUCUGCAAACAUACUGUCGUCCGUAGCAGCGUGCAGUCAAGAGGUUCACUAUUUCCUAUCCGUGCCAUUCAUCCUCGAGGCGCUUUCGCGGGAGGAGGUUGGCCUCAACAUGCUCCAUCGCAUGGAUUUGGUUAGCACGGGCGGUGCACCUCUGCCAGAGGCGGUGGGUGACCACCUCGUUCAACAUAAAGUUCCGCUCGUGUCGCGACUGGGAAGUUCGGAAUGUGGCUUCCUCAUGUCUUCUUGGCGCGACUUUGAGCAAGACAAGGAGUGGUCUUGGCUCAGGCUGGUGGAUGGAGCUAGCAGAGAGUGGCUGCGCUGGGAGCAGAGACCCGAAGAAGGUGGACUUUACGAACUGGUCGUGACGAGAGAUUGGCCGACGAAGAUGGUUUCGAAUGCCCCGGAUGGAUCCUUCGUCACAGGGGAUCUCUACGAGAGACAUUCGAGUGACGAAACGAAGUGGCGUUAUGCGCGUCGGGCUGACGACAGUCUGGUCCUUAUCAACGGGAAGAAGAUUGCAUCUUCGCCAAUCGAAAAUGCGUUGAAAGCCAUCGAAUCGAUCAAGGACGCGAUAGUCUUUGGAGCGAAUCGACCCAUUCUCGGCGCCUUGAUCGUGCCAGCGGCUUCUACAUCGAGUAGAGAAGCCAGCUCAGAAGCAGACUUCCUUUCCACCUUGGCUCCGGCACUUUCGACCAUCAACAGGAAGCUGCCCAGCCAUGGCAAGUUGACGGCCGAGAUGCUUCGUGUCGUCGACGCUGCUACUUUCGAGCGCUUGCCUAAAUCGUCGAAGGGCACUCUGCAAAGGGGCAUGGCACUGACGCAGCUCGAAGCCGUCAUAGCGGACACUUAUGAUCGCUUUGACAAAGGCGAAGCGCCGCGGAGGGGACCGCGCGUCUCGCUCAGGGGCGAGCAGCUUAGGAAUUGGUUGAGGGAGCUCGUAGCCGAAGUGACGGAUCACGACAUCGCACUCGAAGAUGAUCUCUACAAGUCUGGCAUGGAUUCAAUCAUGAGCGCCAGGAUACGAGCGGCUCUUCUACAGCGCCUUGAUCUUGGCACGCGUCGGCUGCCGGCAAAUGUCGUCUACGAGCAAGCGAACAUCGAGCGUCUCGCCUGCUUUCUCGAGGGUGCAAGCUCAGACGGUCCCGCCAAUGUCCAGGAUCUCGCUUCGGCUUUGGUGCACAAGUACUCGACGUUCCUGCCUCAGCCUCGGACAGCGGCACUGGGCGCAUCCGAUCCGGCAACAAUACUACUCACAGGCGGUACGGGGGCUUUGGGUGCCAGGGUGCUUGAAGAGCUAAUUUUGCAGCCUGCAAAGGAAGUCGAAGCGAUCUACUGCUUGGUGCGAGCACAAGAUGACGAGGGGGCCUCCGCUAGAAUCUCGGAUGCUCUGAAGAGGCGCCAAUGCGAAGUGACCACCAAGCAGGCCCAGAAGCGCCUGAAGUGUCGAGCGCAACUUGAUGAGACCACGAAAGCAGAUCUCAGCACAGCCAGACGGCUUGUCGUCAUCCAUGUGAGUAAUUCUGACCGCCCGCGUCUUUUUUGCCCAACCUCAUGUACUUUGCCUCUGCAGUGCGCCUGGGUGGUGAAUUUCGCCCUCAGCUUAACCUCCUUUGAAAAGGACUGCAUCUCUCGUGAGUCGUCCUCACGCAUGUACUCGAAGCACUUUGAGCGUGUAUCGCAGCUGAUCGCUCGCUCUGCUCCUGCUCGCUUUGUCUUCUCAUCUUCUCUUGCCAGCAUCUUGGCAGGUGCGGCCCCGCAUCGUGAGGAGCCGAGCGAGCACGUAUCAUCAGCGGGCUCGACGGGCUACGCUCAGUCAAAGUGGGUUGCAGAAAAGAUCUGCGAAGCGGCCGGGGAGCGCGUGACCAUCGCUCGUGUAGGGCAACUGUGCAGCGACACCAAGCAUGGAAUAUGGAACGAGAGCGAGGCUUGGCCCUUGCUCGUGCGCACUGCAGACGAGACGGGCGUCUUGCCAGCCACGGGGCCUAAUCUCGACUGGCUACCCGUGGAUGCAGCUGCACGAGCCUUGGUAGACCUAGCCUUAAAACAGGGUGAAGACGAGGCGACCUUGUGCCACGUCUGCACGCCCCAGAGCUCGACGCUUCCGAGCUGGAGCGACUUUAUCGCUUGGCUUGCCGAAGCAGGUCUUCGGUUCGAGGUCAAGUCGAAGGAAGCAUGGCUCGAUGCUGUGCGGAGAGCAGGCACAGGUGUUCGUGGACGAGCGCUGGUUGAGAGCAUCUGGGCCAAUGUGAGCGAGGUUGGCGAGUCAGAAGGGCUUGCCUUUGAUCUGAUCAGCCCUUGUUCCCUCUCAGCUUCCGGCCGCAGGCUCGGACAGCACCGUGGAGACGACGCGAGCAGAAGCGCUCUCGGAUGCAUUGCGAAGGGCGCCAGUUGUCGACAGAGAUCACUGCGCCAGGAUGGUCUCCGCUUGGAAAGACACUGGAUUUCUCAAAUGAAGUUGCAGCCAAUCACAUGCCUUUUUUCGCAGUGA